AUGCGCAAGCUCGGAAAGAUAUCAGAGUGCCAAUCAAGUUCUCUAUCCACCAAUCCUGUCCAUCAAUUCUUACCACCAGGCACGACAUGGCCAACAUACACCAAAUACUGGGCCUUGCCCAGAGAUGAGGACAACGAUUCACAAAACGAGGCUCUUCAAGACAGCACCAGUAUUGAGAACACUAAGCUUCAGAAAAAUACCAAAAUUGAUGAGCAAACUCAAAACAUGCUGGUUUCUCUUCUUCGGAAUACGGAUUUGUUGGAGGUGCGAUUGGAUGCCACCUUAUGUGCCAUUUUUGGAAUGGCACGCUUCUUGCUCUAUGACUUGACACUUCCACGAAAAAAAAUUCCUGGGAUGGAAAUUGUGGAUGUCGUUGCCGUCCUAAAUACCUUUUCCUCGGCAGCCGUUUUGGCCAUAUUAUGGAGUAUUGCAGGAGUUGCCAUUGGACUAUUUGACACAAGAACAAACAGCAAGGAUGACCCCACGUUAUUGAUUCAGUUAAUAGGGACCACUGCCUUUUCAGUCCCCCUGUGGGUCUUUGUAGAAAAGGUAUGUCACUGGCCAAUCUCCGCUGGAUUGGAGAGUGCAUCUCUUGUUUAUGCAAUGCUUCUGUCAAGCUUGGGGGUUCUGGGAACUAUGCUGAUUGCAAGGACGCUAUCUCGAUUCCUGCCAUGA